UAUCUCAGCGUGAAAGAAGACUGCAAAGCCAUGGCUUUCUGUGCAAAAAUGAGGAGCAGCAAGAAGAACGAGCCGAGCCUGGAAGCUCAGCCCCAGGGCCUGGAGAUCCUGUUCUACCUGCAGGACAAAGCCCCCAUCUGCUACUCCAGYGGCGAGUUCACCUCCGAGGAGCUGUGCAUCGAGGCUGCCCAGAGGUGUUCUGUGUCCCCUCUGUGCCACAAUCUUUUUGCUCUGUAUGAUGAAAGCAAGAAACUCUGGUACAAGUUUUGGAAGUACUACUUCACCAACUGGCACGGGACCAGCGAGGGUGAGCCAUCGGUGUGGCGUCACUCGCCCCGAAGAGCCAAAGCCUACGACAAAAAACUGGCACCAGAGGGGACCCCCAUCCUGGAUGCCAACUCCCUGGAGUACUACUUCACCAACUGGCACGGGACCAGCGAGGGUGAGCCAUCGGUGUGGCGUCACUCGCCCCGAAGAGCCAAAGCCUACGACAAAAAACUGGCACCAGAGGGGACCCCCAUCCUGGAUGCCAACUCCCUGGAGUACAUCUUUGCACAGGGCCAGUAUGACCUGGUGAAGGGGCUGGCACCCAUCAGGGAGCCCAGGAAUGAGCAGGAGGUGCACGAGAUUGAGAAUGAGUGCCUGGGCAUGGCUGUCCUGGCCAUCUCCCACGAUGCCAUCAAGAAGAACGUGAAGCUGCCAGAGCUCCCCAAGGAGAUCAGCUACAAGCAUUACAUCCCCGAAACUCUGAACAAAACCAUCCGGCAGAGGAAUUUCCUGACCAGGAUCCGCAUCAAUAACGUCUUCAAGCAUUUCCUCAAAGAGUUCAACAACAAAACCAUCUGCAACAACAGCGUCUCUCCCCGUGACCUGAAGGUCAAAUAUUUAUCCACCAUGGAGAUCCUGACCAAGCAUUACGGGGCUGAGAUCUUUGAGACCUCGUUCUUGGUGAUUUCCUCUGAGAAUGAGAUAAAUAAAUUUAAUUGUGGAGAUAAUGAGAAGUACGAGGUGAUGGUCACAGGGAACAACGGGAUUCAGUGGAGGCUCAAGCCRAGUCCUGUGCAGACAGAGAAGGAGAAGAAGAAAAAAUCCGACAGCAAAAGCAAAAAGGAGGAAGAGAAACACAAACUACGGGAGACGUGGAACAACUUCUCGUAUUUCCCUGAAAUCACCCACAUUGUCAUCAAGGAGGCCACAGUGAGCAUCAACAAACAGGACAACAAAAGGAUGGUGAGAACCGGGCUGGGCUGGGCUCCUGCUCACAGGGACAAUGGGCACCGGCUCAGGGGCACCGAGUAUGCCAUCAGCAAACUGCGGCAGGAGGGCAACGAGGUGGGAAUGUACGUGCUGCGCUGGAGCUGCACCAACUUCAACCACAUCCUGCUGACUGUCACCUGCCUGGAGGGCUCUGAG